CGUACUAUUCUCUGGAUCAUACAACACAGCAAGCUAACAUAAUGCUGUUGGUUCACUUCGCUGUACAAUUUCUGAUACCUACGAGCCUUUUUGUGAUAGGGUAUAAUGGAAACAAGGUCAGGCCAUUUCUGAAAUACUAUGAGACGGCAUCAUAUAACAGGGAUGAUAUUUUUAAAGAUCAUCUAAGAUCAAAAAGAGCUACAAAUCAAGAACAAAACCCAAUGCAGCUAGAGAUAUCUGGGUACAAUAGGAAAUUUGAAAUGAUGUUAGGGAGAGAUAGAAGUGUAUUCACAGAUGAUUUUAAAGUGAUAUCUGAUGAUACAUCCAUACCCAUGGACAUUUCAUUUUUGUAUUCAGGCAAACUAAAAGAUGAAGAGGAUUCAUUAUGUCAUGGAUCUGUGAUCGAUGGCUAUUUUCAUGGGUCUAUCCAAACAAGAAAUGGCACCUUUUACAUAGAGUAUGAGCAGCUUAACAAUGGCUCAGUGGAUCCAUACAUGUAUCAUGAGAGAGAUAUUGACUACUCUCUUAUGAAAGAUGUUAAAUCUUUUGAUCUGGCCUUGAAGAAAUAUGAAUUUUUUGAGAAAUUUAAGUGGAAGGCAAAGGAAGAGUCAUUUAUCAGAACCAAAAGAAGUGUGGACCCAUCCCGUACAACAUGUCUCAUAUAUUUGAAGGCUGACUACUUCUUUUUCAAAAGAUUUAGGAACUUACAAGAAGCGAUAUCUCAGAUCGCUGGAUACAUGAGAUCAGUAAAUGCAAUUUAUGAAAAAGUCAACUUUAAUGGCAUUAGACAUAUUAACUUCAAAGUAAAGGUCUUAAAUAUAAUUCAGGAGGAGCAGCCCAAUAAUGCUAUGCAUGGAGCUUAUAUAGGACCAGAAAAACUCCUAAUGUUACACUCCAGCUCCAACUGGAAUAAUGUCUGCCUCUCAUACUUACUGACAAAUAGAGAUUACAAUGGGAUCCUUGGACUUGCAUGGACAGGAAAAGAAGGGAAUAAUGGAGGCAUAUGUUCUAAGUUUUCCAAGUUUAAAGAUGCAUCUGACACUGAACAAUCACUGAACACAGGCAUAGUAACUAUACAAAAGUAUGGGCAAUAUUUGCCACCAAGACUGAUCCAUAUUACUCUGGCACAUGAAUUUGGACAUAGCUUGGGUUCUCCUCAUGAUAAAAGCAAUGAAUGUGCAAACUUCACCGUCUCCAGUCCCAAUGGAAAUUAUUUGAUGUUUCCCUACGCCAUGGAUGGAAAUCAGUACAAUAAUGAUAAAUUUUCUAACUGUUCAAUUCAUUACAUCGCAUCUCUUUUGAAAGUGAAAAAGGACAGGUGUUUUGUUGAGAGUGGACGGCCAAUAUGUGGCAAUCAAAUAGUGGAAGAUGGAGAACAAUGUGAUGUAGGACUUAAGGACAAUGACAUGUGUUGUUAUGGUGUCAAUGCAGGAGAAGGUUUGCAGUGUACAUUAAGGCCUGGGAAACAGUGCAGUCCCAGUCAAGGACAGUGCUGUAAUAACUCUUGCUUAUAUAAGCCGAAAGGAGGACUUUGUCGAGAGGAAGCUGAAUGUACAUUUAAAAGUUUCUGCUUGGGGGAAAGUUCCAUAUGUCCAACUUCCACUCCAAAAAGCAACUACACCUUGUGCAAUGCAGGAACAAGGAUCUGUCUGAAUGGGAUGUGUCGCCAAUCAGUUUGCGCAAAAUAUGGCUUAGAGCAAUGUGAUUGUGAUACUCAAUCCUUGUAUAAUAAAUGCCAGCUGUGCUGUCAAAAACCAGGUGAUGUGUAUUCCUGUAGAAGUACAAAGUCUUCAGAACUGGGGCACCUCUUUAAUAUGACUGCAAUAUCUCUUCCUCCUGGUGCACCAUGUGAGCAAAGGCAAGGUUAUUGUGAUAAAUUUCAUGUCUGCCGACUUGUUGAUGCAGAUGGGCCCAUUGCCAGACUGAAAAAUUCAUUCUUGAAUUUAAUAGAAUUUGACCCUGCAGCCUGGAUGAAGACACGAUGGUGGGCUGUUCUUCUGAUUAUAUUGACGAUGGGAGCAGUGAUGGCUGGAACAAUAUUGAUAUUUGGUCGGACUCUGGACUCUAAUAAAGCAAAAAAUACAACGAAGGAAAGUAAGAAAACUGACAGAACUAAUCUUAGAAGAUCCAAUACUGAUUAUCAUAGAAGACCUAUAUGUAACCAAAGAGAAGAAGUGUAUAUGGCGUCCAUUUAUGUACAGUCUGAGACAAGAAUCUAGAAUGUACACGUCUGAAUCUAAAUUGUGGCUAUGUGGCUACCGGGGAAGGUAGUAAUAGCAAUACAGCUGGAUCUCAAUGGGUUAUGAACAAGAUGAAAGAUGGCCAGAUGUCUAGAAUUUCACACCACUGAUGCGAUGAAUUCACUUACAGGGCUUUUCCAAGAU